AUGCCUAGUGACGAUUUGCCAGCGUCAAUUUUCAGCCUGAAUGCGUUGUUUGAUAACCCGCUGUUUGCGGGUGGCAUUGGCCUGGCGUCACUCGGUGCCGCGGCCGCAUUUGCCAGAAAAGGCGUCAUAGUCGCAGCUGGAGCUGCGCGCCGGCGCCUGCUCGUCAACGUCGAAAUCAGCAAACAGGAUCCCGCCUACUCCUGGAUCCUCGCGUGGCUAUCCACUCCUCGCCCGACAUCGGGGUUCAUCGCAUCCCGCCUGACGCGCAUACAUAACCUCUCCGUGACGACGGCGACGGCAUCCAAGGGCGCAGCAGCCGGCGGCCCCCCUAGUGCGCACUUCUUCCUGCAGCCGGGCUACGGCAGGCACAUUGUCAAGUUUCGCAGCGCGUUCAUCGCGGUCAACCGCGAAAAGCACAGCACGGCCAACAUGAACACGGGCGAGCCGCAUGAGAUUGUACAGCUGACGACGCUGUGGGCGCACCGCCACAUAUUCGAGCAGGUGUUCAGCGAGGCGCACGCACUUGCCGCCAAGGCCAACGAAGGCAAGACGGUCGUCUACUCGGCGCGCGGCAUGGAAUGGGCGCCUCUCGGAGAUCCACGAAAGAAACGACCGCUCGAAUCGGUAAUACUGGACGAAGGGGUCAAGGACAGUAUCGUAAGCGACGUAAAAGAUUUCUUGUCGCGGCAGCAGUGGUACGUCGACCGUGGCAUCCCAUACAGACGAGGGUAUCUGUUGUUUGGGCCGCCCGGGAGCGGCAAAAGUUCGUUUAUUCAGUCCCUCGCCGGCGAGCUGGAUUUCGGCGUUGCCAUGAUUAAUCUGAGUGAAAUGGGAAUGACGGACGAUAAGCUGGCCUACCUGCUGACCAAGCUGCCCAAGCGCACGCUGCUCCUGCUGGAAGAUGCCGACGCUGCCUUUAGCAAUCGACGACAACGCGAUGCAGAUGGAUACAGCGGUGCCAGCGUGACCUUUUCCGGCCUUCUGAAUGCCCUGGACGGCAUUGCCGCUGGUGAGGAACGCCUCGCGUUCCUGACGACGAACCACAUUGAUCGUCUCGACCCCGCCCUGAUCCGCCCAGGUCGCGUGGAUAUGAUGAUGAGAAUCGGCGAGGCGACCCGAUACCAGGCCAGCCAGAUGUGGGAUCGCUUCUACGGUGAUGUGGACGAGGAUCACGCGAGCAGAGAACGGUUCCUGCAGCGCCUAGACGAGUUGGGUCUAUUCGGGCAGAAUGCUGACGGCACGCCGUCUCAUAGGCAUACGAGCACUGCUGCUAUCCAAGGUCUGUUUCUCUUUAACAAAAACGACCUGGAUGGAGCAAUCAAAAUGGCUGAGGGUCUCGUGCCACGCAAGUUUGAGCCCUCGGACGAAGUAUCACAAGGAGCUAUCAAGACAUCUGCAUAA